CGGGGAGCGGCGGCCGGGCCCGCAGGGCCGGGGAGCCGGCGGCGCAGAGAGCACCCCACGGAGCGGCAGGCCGGUCGGCGUGGUGGCUUCCCAUCCUGAGAGAGCCGCUUGCGCCCACCUCCCAGGAGGAGGCAACGGGCGAACGUCUCAGUGUGUGUUCUUGCUAGACUGCUGCUGGCCUGUCCCUCUGUCACCCUGGACCACGGCGGUGCCGUGGGAGCAUUCACCUGGCAUGGGGGCCGUGGCUGUGGGAGGCCGAUAGCUGGGUUUUCCUGUAGGCUCCUGUGGGAGACAGCGGGACUUCAGGGCUCCUAGCCAUGCAGCAACGGGCCCUGCCCCGACCGGCCGGCCCGGGCCUGAAGGGGAGCCCCUGUGCCUUCUCUCCUCAGUGACUGCCUGCCGACGUCUGACCGUGCAUCCCUGACCCUGGGCUUCACCGGUAGCGCCCAGCGGGAGUUGUCUCCUGGGGCCUCCCCCCGGGGCGGGGGGGCUGGGCUGCCAGCACCUGCGCUCUGGCCCCUAGACUGUCCCAAGGUAGCGGGCCUGGGCCGUUCAGAGGCAUCUCCCCCGCAGCCUGCCGCCUGGGGGCAUCUGCAGCCUGAAGACAGAAUGCUCAAGGGACAGCUUCCAAACACGGGCAGAGGCCUCGCAGCCCACCCAGGGUCCCCGCCUACCAACAACGGUCAGGGCCCUGAGAAGAGCCCGGUGCUCCCUCUGAACCUUCCAGCACAAAUCAGCAAUGAGGACCCACAAGCCAAGGCCACACCCUUCACCCCAAAGCCACCGACGAGGCCCCGGCUGGAGCGAGCUCUGUCACUGGACGAGAAGGCAUGGAGGAGGCGGCGUUUUCAAACCAGCCACGAGGACCUGGCCGCACGCAGUGGGGCCAGCCCCUCUAGGGGCUCCUUGCAGGACGAGGUCCCCAGGGCCCCCACCCACACCGACUCCCCACCCUGCCUGAGCACCUCCUUGCAGGAAAUCCCCACAUCCCGCAGGGCCCAGGGCAGCGCCGGAGGGAGCCCGAACUCGUGGGGUCACUGUAUCUCCGGAAUGAUCGGCACUUCCCUGGACCUCCUGCACCGGGACGGGGCCUUGGCUGGGAGCCCCAGCAGGCUGCCGGCUGUGGGCCAGAAGGUGGCCUCCAAUGCCCUGCGGUCAACAGACAGGGUGGACUCGGUUCAGACCGACUGCAAGUCCCGCCUGCAGAGCAGACUGUUCCGGGCCCACAGCAGCCUGGGCCCCAGCCGGCCCCCAAGCCCCCUGGCCUGUGAUGCCAAAUCCUUCAGCCUCCUGGCGCCCAUCCGCGCCAAGGACGUCCGGAGCAGGAGCUACCUGGAGGGGAGUCUCCUGGCGAGCGGGGCACUGAUGGGGGCAGAGGAGCUGGCCCGGUACUUCCCAGACCGCAACAUGGCCCUCUUCGUGGCCACCUGGAACAUGCAGGGCCAGAAGGAGCUGCCCCCAAACCUGGACGAGCUCCUGCUGCCCGCCGAGGCCGACUACGCCCAGGACCUGUACGUCGUCGGGGUCCAGGAGGGCUGCUCCGACAGGCGGGAGUGGGAGACGCGCCUGCAGGAGACGCUGGGCCCCCACUACGUCACGCUGUACUCAGCGGCCCACGGGGCGCUCUACAUGUCCGUGCUCAUCCGCAGGGACCUCAUCUGGUUCUGCUCAGAGGUGGAGAGCUCCACGGUGACCACGCGCAUCGUAUCUCAUAUCAAGACCAAGGGGGCCCUGGGCGUCAGCUUCACCUUCUUUGGCACCUCCUUCCUCUUCAUCACGUCCCACUUCACCUCUGGAGACGGGAAGGUGAGCGAGAGGCUGCUGGACUAUAGCAGAACCGUCCAGGGCCUGGCCCUGCCCAAGAGCGUGCCCGACACCAGCCCCUUCCGCUCCGACGCUGCGGAUGUCACCACCCGGUUCGAUGGGGUGUUCUGGUUUGGAGACUUCAAUUUCCGUCUGAGCGGUGGGCGUGUGGCCGUGGAGGCCAUCCUGAAGCAGGACCUGGGAGAGAAGGUGUCUGCCCUGCUCCAGCAUGACCAGCUCACCCAGGAGAUGAAGAAAGGGUCCAUCUUCAAGGGUUUCCAGGAGCCGGACAUUCACUUCCUUCCAUCGUACAAGUUCGACAUUGGGAAGGACUCCUAUGACACCACCUCCAAGCAGAGGACCCCCUCUUACACGGACCGGGUCAUGUACAGAAGCCGCCACAAGGGUGACAUCUGUCCCAUCAAGUAUUCCUCCUGCCCUGGCAUCAAGACGUCUGACCAUCGCCCCGUGUACGGCCUGUUCCGGGUGAAAGUGAGGCCGGGGAGAGACAACAUCCCGCUAGCUGCUGGCAAGUUUGACCGAGAACUGUACUUAAUAGGAAUUAAAAGACGGAUUUCCAAAGAAAUUCAGAGACAGCAGGCUCUGAAGAAUCAGCACUCGAGUACUAUUUGUACUGUUUCUUGAGGUCCGCCCAAGGGCCUCUGGCACCUCCACCGGGA